CGCGCGUGUGUGUCGCUCCAGGUCCUGGCCCAGAUCGAGGAUAAGCACCGGCGCCUCCCGGAGGUGCGGGCCCUGAAGGGCGGGGCCGCCAACACCAGCUCCCUGCACCGGCUCAUGCACAGCUUCGAGCAAGGACAUCCAGCUGCUGGUCACACAGGUGCGCCAGCUGCAGGAGAGCGCCGCCCAGCUGAGGACGGUGUACGCCGGGGAGAAGGCGGAGGCCAUCGCCUGCCGCGAACAGGAAGUGAUGCUCACCUGGAAGGAGCUGCUGACCUACUGCGAGGAGUGCCGAGUGCAGAUCACCACGGCGACGGACAAGCUGCGGUUCUUCGGCAUGGUGCGCGACCAGCUCAUGUGGAUGGACUCCAUCAUCUGCCAGAUCGACACCGGAGACAAGCCCAGGGACGUGUCCUCGGUGGAGGUGCUGAUGAACUACCACCACGGCCUGAAGAACGAGGUGGAGGCCCGCAGCAGGAGUCUGAUGGAGUGCAUCGAGAUGGGAAAGACCCUGCUGGCCGUCAGGAACCCCGCGGCCGAGGAGAUCAAGGAGAAGCUGGACAAGGUGGUUGCUAAGCAACACGAACUGUCUGAGAAGUGGGACAAACACUGGGAGGCGUUACAGCACUUGCUGGAGGUGCACCAGUUCGCCCAGGAGGCGGUGGUGGCCGAGGCGUGGUUGACGGCCCAGGAGCCCUUCAUCAGCAGCAAGGAGCUGGGCGCCAGCGUGGACGAGGUGGAGCAGCUCAUCCGACGCCACGAGGCCUUCCGCAAGGCCGCCGCCACCUGGGAGGAGCGCUUCAGCUCGCUGCGCAGGAUCACCACGGUGGAGAAGCUGCGCGCGGAGCAGAGCCAGCUGCCCCCCACCCCACUACUGGGACGCAAGGUCUUCCUGGAGCCUCAGGACGCCGCCCCCAACCCCGCCACCCUCCCCCGCCUCCCCCUCUCCCCCGUCAUGAGGCAGACCAUCUACGAGCAGAACGACGCCAGCUCCCCCCCCUCCCCCUCGCCGGCCACGCCCCCCACCCCCUCCCCCUCCCCCCUGGCGCGGCGUCUGGGCGCCCCCGCGGCGGGCUACACCCCGGUGCUGAGCGCCGGCUCCGCCUACCGCCACCACGGCCUGGAGCCGCGGCACGGCGCCCCGCCGGGGGGGCUGGCCGCCGGCCUGGUGCAGCCCGCCCCCUCCUCCAUCGCCUCCAUCGCCACCGCCGCCAUGAUGGUCUCGGCCAACCAGGCGCGCGAGAGCGCCCUCACGGCCCGGGAGCAGGCGGCGCUGUCCGUCGGCCACGCGACCUCGGCCCCGCCCACGCUCCUGGUGCACUCGCCCGAGGCCAAGGCGCCGGCGUCCCCCUCGCCGUACCUGCGGCAGCCCAAGAUGAAGUGCUUCGACGACGUGGUCACGCCGCUGCUGGUGGCGGGCCGGCUGGAGAAGGCCCGCGAGCGGGAGCGUGAGAGGGAGGCCAUCCUGGGGGAGAUCGGCACGGGCGGGGGGGAGGUGGCCGUGAUGGCGGAGGUGGUGCUGCAGCACCCCGCCCGGGAGCGGUCGCACGGCGAGCCGGCCAGGAGGUCCCGGGCGUCCGCCCGGAGCGACCCCCUGGCCCAGGCCGAGCCCCAGGUGCAGAACGCCCGGGAGCCCAGGGAGUCGCGGGGCGAGUCGCGGGAGCCCCGCAUCGAGCGGCAGCUGUCCAGCGAGCAGCUGAUCCAGGCGCGGCGCGACGAGCUGCCCCAGGAGGUGUGGCGGGAGCGGGAGCGUCGGACCCUGGAGCGCCAGACCUCCAGCGAGCAGGAAGGCCCCGGGGGGCUGGCCGGGGCGGGGGGUCACGGCAGCGGGAGCCACGGCAGCGGGGGAGGCCACGGCAGCGGGGGAGGUCACGGUGGAGGAGGAGGAGGAGGAGGAGGAGGCGGAGGCGGUGGUGGUGGGGGAGGGGGAGGGGGAGGUCACGAGGGGCGCCGGCGGGACCGGGACCGCCACCGGCUGGAGAAGCAGGAGUCCAGCGAACACGAAACGGGGAAGGAGCACUCGGACCGGAAGCCCGCUGGAGGAGAGAAGCGGUCCACGCUGGCAGACAUCGUGGAACAGCUGCAGGAGAGGGAGGCCGCGCAGGCGCGCGGCGAGGUCCCCCCAGUGCCCAACGGCGUUGGAGAGGCCACCUCCAACAAGUCCUCCUCCUCCCGGCCCGACCGGCCGCGAGCCCGGGACCGGCCCAAACCGCGGCGGAGGCCGCGCCCCAAGGAGCCCGGCGAGGCGACCACGCGGAGGUCCCGGUCGGCGCCCGCCCAGACCACCCCGUCGGCGCCGAGGGUGCCCAGCCACACGGCCCACCACGAGGGCUUCCUGUUCCGCAAGCUGGACAUCGAGACCCUGAAGAAGAGCGCCAACAGCAGGUCCUGGGUGAACCUGUACUGCGUGCUGAAGCAGGGCGAGCUGGGCUUCUACAAGGACGCCAAGAACACGACCACGGCGUACAACAACGAGCCGCCGCUCAGCCUGGCCCUCUGCACCUGUGACGUCACCAACGGCUACAAGAAGAAGAAGAACGUCUUCACGCUCAAAACGAAGGACGGCAGCGAGUUUCUGUUCCAUGCCAAAGAUGAGGACGACCUGAAGGCGUGGGUGGGCAACAUCACCGCCAGCAUCACGGAGCACGACGAGAUCGCCCGCUGGGGCCAGCCGCAGCCGACCACCUCCUCCACCGACGAGGGCACGCGGCCCGACGGCAGCAAGGGCGACAACCGCUCGGAGCGCGCCGACAACCGCUCGGAGAAGGGCGGCGAGAACCGCUCGGAGCGCGCCGACAACCGCUCGGAGAAGGGCGGCGAACGAUCGGACCGCGGCGACCGGGAGCGCGACAGAGAGAGGGAGAGGGACAGGGAGAAGGAGAGGGAGAAGGAGAGAGAACGAGGGGAGCGGUCCGAGCGUUCGGACCGUGGCGGGGAGAAGGCCGACGGUGGGAAGCGAACGGAGAAGUCCAGUAAGAAGAAGUGAGCCGGAACGCUCAGGAACUCUCCACGCUGGGGGUGGGGGAGGAGGAGGGGGGAGGGAGACCGGGGGGGGGGGUGGUCCGCCCGGAGGCAGUGGGAGGGUUUUGGGGGGGGGGGGGGGGGGGGGGGGCGGGGUUCGAAGGGGAACCCACGUGGCCCGUUGUCUAGACAACGACGGACCACCUCCCCGGCUCCCAGACCCGCCCUGGUUCUCUCUCUCUCACACACAGCCUCCCUCUCGCCCUCCUUCUCUCUAUGUCUCUUGCUCUCUCUCUCGGCCGCGUGCCUCAUGACGAUACAGUUCCACUGCAACGGGAGUCACACGAGCUCUGAGGAGGCUUGUGUGACAGACAGGGUGGGUCGGAGCAGAGGAGGGGGAGGGCCGUGUCUUCCUCACUAUUUCUGUAUGUGUCUCUCUCUCUCUCUCUCUCUCUCUCUCUCUCUCUCUCUCUCUCUCUCUCUCUCUCUCUCUCUCAUCCCUCCCUGGUUCUCUGUGAGAAACGCAGCAUGCAAGCCCCCGGAGCUGUGCCAGCGCCCCCGGUGGCCGUCUGGGGUGACAACAGCCGCUUCAAGAGUUGAGAGAGGACAUUGGUUUAGUUUUCUUUGGGUUUUCUUUGAAACAGAAAUGGCGAGCACAGAUAUCGUCAUGGGAGCGAAGGCUAACAUGGUUUGGCUGGUAGUGCGAUGUGUAGCUCCUAAAUGAUAGUUUCAUUGUGGGUUUGUUUCCCUGAGGUGAGCCCCGUACCAGUGUAUUCCUUGUCCGUCCGUCCAUCUGGUAUGUCUGUACGUCGAGACAUCCAACGCCCAUGUCUAAAUAACAGUUUUACUCUUGAAAAAUUGAAAACAGAACGAUACAAUGGCACACAAACCAAGCCUAUUUUCCCUUCCUAAUCCUAUAGUCCUGGUUUCGCCGCGGGAAACAGAACAGUAGCUGAACUCAAUUUUAGGUCCUUACUAAACACUUCGAAUUGAUGAAAGACAAUGAUGAUGACAAGGAGGAGGAUGACAUAAUUGGGGUAAGAGUAGAUAAAAGAUUGGAGCUGUGAUCUGUGUUUUUUUGUGUGUCUGUGUGUGUCUGUGAGUGUGUGUGUGUGUGCGUGUGUGUGUUUCUGUAAGCAUGCAUGAGUGUGUGUGAACAUCAAGUUCCUCCAACCCCAACACAACAUGAGCCAUGACUACAAAAAUAGCUACAAACCUAAGCUACGAUGAAAUCAAGGGAUUUUUGCUUCCAGAUACAGCCAUGUUUUCUGAUCUAGGAAGGGUGGAAAUAGUGGGGGCCUGAAGCUCAGGGGAUGAAGAUCCCUCUAUAGGCCAUGAGAGAGACUCUGAAGCAAAGCUCUCACCGAAAAGAGAUCCCCUUUCAGCUACUAUUGUUGAAAAGGUCUUCUGUUGGCAAGCAGGUUCUGAGUUGACAUCAGAAUAUAAUGCAUGAGAUUUUGUUUGAUGAUAUUGCUGUUUUAUUGACGGAUCAUUGUGUGAUGACUGGAUAGGAGACUAGAAGAGAACUCUCUAGUCCUCGGUGUUUACAACACGGAGCAGAACAGUUGGUAUCCCCCGGCAACCUUUACUCCAGUUUUGCAUCUGCGGUUCAGCAGAAGGAUAAUUUCCAUGAAUUAGUUUUAAAUUAAGGCAAGUAAAAAAAGAAAAAACACAAUCGCACUCUCACAUAUUUCUUUAUUUGAUCGACUUUGUUCGUAAACACAAAACGUGUGAAAUCUUUAAUGAGCUCCAACACACUCUCACUCUUUUCCUGCUUAGUUUUCGGCAAAGUGGAAAGGAAGACACACCAAGCCUGACUGUGAUUCAAUCACAAACUUCUGUAAUCUUAAAACGGUGCGUACAUGUAUGUUUAUGUUCCUUUGUGUUGUGUGUGUGUGUGUGUGUGUGUGUGUGUGUGUGUGUGUGUGUGUGUGUGUGUGUGUGUGUGUGUGUGUGUGUGUGUGUGUGUGUGUGUGUGUGUGUGUGUGUGUGUGUGUGCGCAAGCUGCUGCUCCGCCCUUCCCCAGGGUUUCCAUAGCUCUCAGGUUAUUUAUGUUGGCGUGUGUGUGUGUGUGUGUGUGUUACAUGCUUACACGCGUGCCCCUAAAUCCCUUGUUUUUCCACCUCAGUCUUCCAGUCACGGCACAUACACAUACAUACUACAACCAAACACACACACACAAACACACACACACACACACACACACACACACACACACACACACACACACACACACACACACACUCAUUGUCCCGAGGUUUUCAGUGUCCGUGUCACAGUGCAUGAGGUUAUGAAGCUCUUCAGGUUCGUAGCGAGCUGAAACUACACCUGAAUGAAUAUAGAAAGACUGAAUGAGUUUAUAACACUACUGUGGUUAAUAACCAUGCCUCAUUUAUUUUUUACUAUACUGUUAAUAGUUAAUAAUUCAUUAUUUGAGCAUUAAUUGAUUCAUUCUAGAUAUUAAUGAAUCUUAAUUAAUGAUACCAUUGUUUGUUAUUGUUAGCAUAAAUGCAUCAUACACUAUCAUAACUAUGAUACUCAAACUUGAAGGUACAGCAAUAGCAGCGAUGAGUCAUCGAACCAAGGAAAGAUCUGCCUACGUGAUUGGCUAAACUCCCGGAAGGGUUAAUGUCCGUAAUGGCUGUAUGGCUGCUGAGAGAUUGCAUGUCUUGCUUGACCAGAUAUCACUGUUCAACAGAUGCUUGUCUGUGCAGUCCGUUCAUUCUGUCCCCCAUCACGUUGAUGUUGUGUCUCCCCCGUCCCUGUCUUCUUAACCACAAAGCCAUAAGUAUAUAAAGAGGAAAAUGACACAAUAAAAUAAAAGCAAGUGACAAGGUCGAUUCCUGUGGGAGUCAGUAGGGCUGGAAGCACGGGGCAAUCAGCGCUAGACGACCCAGGUUAAUGCUGGGAAGUUUUGAAAAGAGCACUAGAACAGGGAGUUGGUUUGCUCUUAGGAGACAAGCUGACACACUGAUUUGUUUUGGGUUUGUUCAGCCUCAUGUCGGAUGGUUAGAUUAUUAGUCGUGUGGUUUGAAUGGGGAGUUUUGAAUGUACUUCCUCGGGAAAAAGGGACCCUUCUGCCAUGGGAUGAGGUGAGGCGGAGAACUGUCAUUUAUAAAACAUCCGUUGACAUAUGGAGGGCUUUUUAGGGUCACUGUCGUUGUAUAAAUUCCUCACAACUGCAGUUCAGAUGUUGUUUUUUCUGGGGUUUUAUUGAUUUCAUCAUUUGUAUUUAUUUUGUCUAUUGCACGCUGCAACAGUAUGCCCCCACCAGGAGUUCACCUAAAUCCACUCAAGCUCUACUCCGAAUCUAUUCAGACUCUUGCUCCUCUGAGUGAAUAGAAGAGGCGGUAGACCUUUCUGAAAGACACGUUUUGUUUUUGCCAAUCCACUGACUGUGGCAGCAGCCUUUCUUCUUUGGGGGGUUGUUCCGCGACCUCAAUACCUUCAGUGUUUGCUGGGAUCGGAGAGGAGAAUCCCGCUCCUUGCAGGAGUCUCCUUCGCUCACUUUUCUGUCUUCAGGAAAAACGUUCAUCCAUUCAACGUGAAGCGGAUUGCGUCAGGAUUUUUGAAUUCUGCCCGCACCAGGUGUCGUUAAUCAUGGUGAACCAUCAUGAGGUCUAUUUAUCAUUCACCGAGAGAAAACAAGUCCUAUAUAUGGUAGCCUUUUCUACCUUAGUUUUUUAAAUGUAUAUCAACACAUUUUAUCUAUCUAACCUUAGGCAGGAAUGCCAAAUCAAUGCAAUCCAUUACAUGCAUGUUGGAGCAAGCAACUCAACAAAUGAAAGAAGAUGAAUGAGCAGAUUCUUCACAGGGGAUGUGGAGACGUCUGGACAUGGCUAGGUCAAAGGACACGUAGGUCGCUGCUGGGAUGCAAGCAAGAAUUGUGCGCAAUUGUGAGUAUAAAGGGCAUCACAAAUUGACACGCUUUAUUUGCACCCUUUUAUUACACUCGAUUUGUUUGCAUUACUGUAGGUCCCUGAUCUAAAAUAGGCAGGUUGAAUAGGCCCAUAGGAGGGAAUGCUCUGAUUUACGUUCUAACUUUUUGAGAUAGUUGAUAAUUGAAUGUGCUCCUGCUAUUUCUUUAAAAAUGGCUUCCCUCUUAGUUCGGACUCACUGUGUUUCGAAAGCUGGGCAAACCAACACUAAAUCGAUCCGAUGAAGUGUGUAGAUAAAACAUAGUGUUCACUGAUGACACUAAUAUUUACUGUGCAGUCUUAUGCUACAGGCACACCGGGGGUCAUCGGAUUACUUAUAAAAGCUAACUCGCUAGCAAUGCUGCUAUCCAGUCCGUGUGCCACUUAGCAACCCAAAACGAUCAAAUUGUAAGAGAGUCUAAAGACAGCAGAGUUAAUAGUAAUGGAUUUUAGUGCAACUACAAAUAUGGCGAUCUAAAAACGACAACAUUUGCGGUUUAUCAACAACCUUCUUGAGCACGUGAUGGGACGGAUGUUUAGCCUGCUGGCGCGUUGCCGCUGCUUUGCCCCACUUUCUCCGAUGUAUUGAUGCUUGGCUCUGCUCACAAGAACGUCCGUUUGUCAGCAUAGGCAAAAUGCUCAAUAAAAUGUGGUUUUGUUAAUCAUUGAAGUAUGCACACUCAUUCUUUUAUAUUCAGUUUACUAAUAAAAAAAAAUAACCUA